UGCUAUAUGUUUAUAUAAAAAUAUUUAUACUGCUUUAUAACGCUCGGCGUCUGUGUAAUUUGACAUAAUUUUUAAAACUCGUUGAUAACAUUCAUACCCUUGGUGACUGUUCUCUCAAGUUAGGAGAUAUGAUGAUGUCGUCGGUUACAUGUGAUAAAGUAAUGUUUGGACAUUACCCAACCCUAAUGGUGUUACUGGCGUUCCACGUGCCCGCCAAGACCUGCAUUUUGCCGUCACCAUUGACGCUGCAAUUGAUAUUGGAGUAUGCGGAAUGGCGACUCUGGACCCAAGUGGUCCUCUUCGGUAACGUCAGUCCGUUCAAUUGCGCGCUUAAUUACGCCCGGCCGUUGAUUGAGUGCCUAGGUGAGAAAGGUAUCAGCGUGUCGUUGCAAUCAGCGAUGAACCCAAAUAUACCAGAAUCGCUCAUCGUCCGGACGCACCGUGUCGGAUCGAUCGUACUGCUGGACGAACUUAAUCUGACGUCACCCGAUAACGUUAUUCAAAUGGCUUCCCAAAAGUUGUUAUUUAACUAUUACGUCUCCUGGUUUCUGGUGACUACCAGAGACUCCGACUCCAUCAUUGACACAGUUCUUCGGGAUUUGAAUAUCGGCAUCGACAGCGACGUGGUCGUCGCCACUUCGCCAUUGGAAAAUGACGCAACAGCUUGGAAAUAUGCACAGAAAUAUUUAAACAAGACGUGUCUAUCUUUUCGGCGUUACGGUAAUCGCUUCGUGUUCCUGGGGCCGCCAGAGCGACGCAGCGCCGAAAAUGCCACGAGCAAUCUGAGCUAUGUUAUCUUGGAGAACCGCACGGUGUCUUUUUACAUGGUACACACGUACAAGAUACGCAACUCCGACAACACGAGUCUCGUCACACGGUACCUCGGCUUCUGGAAUCCGGGAGCUCACACCCUCAAGCUGCCGGUCAGCGUGAAACUGAGAGACGACUUCAACGGCCUUCCCAUAGUCUUCGGCGUGUUGAACGGCACUAACGAUGGGCAAACGGACCUCAUAGAGGCGGAAGCAAAUGACAUCGCGCCGCUUUUAGAUUUGGCCUCUUUCAUCGCCAAUAAUGUGAACGCUAGCAUCGAAUUGGUGCCGUACGAGAAGCUCGGUAUAUUAACCAACAAAGUAUGGAGCCACCUUCUCGGCGACGUCGUCUCGGGUACCGUCGACAUUGGUCUGGGCUACAUCACCAUCAGCGAGGAGCGUCUAGGGGAGAUGGCGUUCAGUCACCCUCUGAUACGUUACAUGAGGAACAUCUAUUAUCAUCCGCUGGAGUCCGGCACGAUGAGGGACAUAUUCCUGCAGCCGUUCAACAACCGACUCCUCGGCUGUGUCGCCGCGACGUACCUCAUGCUGCUGAUCGCGAUGGCGACGGUGAUUUACGCCGCCAAGACGGUGCUGCACAACGAGGACGAGAAGCACGUCGGUAUCGGGGAGGCCGCGCUCUGGUGCAUCAGUAUCAUGUGCAUGCAAGGGUCACCGUGGAUACCGCGAACUCCGUCCGGCAAGACCCUGAUGCUGUUCAAUCUGAUGUUCACGCUCGUCAUGUACAACGCCUACGCCGGAUUCAUUACGUCCAUAUUGUCGGUGCAGGCCAGUGGGAUCAAAUCGAUCACCGACCUGCUCUUUAAUAACUUCAGGCUGGGCUACAGCGUCGCCGACGACGAGUACAUAAGAAACGUAAACGACAGUCAUCUGCGUCAACUGUACAUAAAGGCGUUCAACAGCCGCGAGUCUCGCCUGGAGACGACGACCGGCCUCAUGAAAGCUGUUCAUAGUCGCUACGGAUUCUUCGUGAGCGCGACUCUGGCGCGACGCGCCCUUGAGACCACCCUGAUACAGGAGCGAUGUACCCUGAAGGAGUUGUCGUUGCCGCAAACCUUCACGUUAGUCGCUCUUCCUAUGGCCAACAGUUGCCCGUACAAGAAAAUCAUCAACCUCAACAUACUGCGCAUAUACGAGCACGGCGUCCUGGACAGGAUAGCGCAACAGAUGCUGCCGCCGAUGCCGCACUGCGCGGUGCUGACGACCUUCAACAGCGCGCGGCUCGCCGACGUCUACUCGGCCUUCUUCGUCCUUACGGCGGGCCUCCUCAUGGCGCUCACCUUCGGCAUCCUCGAGCGGAUGUGGAACAAGCGCAGGCAGAUGAGGGAGACAAUCGUGCGCAGCAUCCGCCAGCACCACCUUAUAUCGCACCUUCACUUCCAUCAGCACCACCAUCAUCAUCACCGUCCAUCACCCGUUCGCGACCGACAUCACCGGGUGGAUCCUCGUACGAAUCCUCGCCCCGAUCCUCGCGAGGAUCACGUCUCUCCUGUUGAACACGCGGCAGGCAAGAGCGACCCAGCUUACCUAGCCGCGUUGCGAAAGCAAGCGCACCAGGUGGCUUUCGUCGGCUUCGCGAAGGGCCAGUCCGACGACAGUCCGGAGAGACCGAAGAACUCGAGGGCCGACCCCUCGCGUUUCCAAGUGCGACGACGGUCCAAGAGGGCCGGCCGGGCCUCCCUCUCGGACUUGUCCAGACGGAAGGUCAAGCCGGGCGACAGGACCUUGAACACCGAGGCCGCCGCACAGGACCUCUUCCCGUUCCGCAAUUAAACGCUCGGUCGUUCGUUGUUGUGGCUGUUUCACGAAUCCUGACAUCGAAUGUAUACAUUAACGCAAUCGCGACCUUGGCUGCUUGCGACACAAUAUUUACGCUUCCGUGUGGUUCGUCGGCUCGUUACACACACACGUCGCGUAACCGUCGUCGCGACUUUCGCGGUGGAUUUCGACUCGUCGCGAACGAGGUUUACCAGAGCCGUGUAACCGAUAAGUAUGUAUAUGUGUGUGUAUAAUAAUAAAUUAAAUUAAUUUAAAUAAUGAGAUGCUGUCGAAUGAUAACA